CUUUAGGGGUAAAGGCUGUCCUGGAAAGUCACUUUCUUUCCCUCUGCUUUUCAUUUCUUCAGCCAUUCCGUAAGAUGCACGCGAGCACGCGCGGGGGCCGGCCGUCCCUGCACAGCCACGAAGAGCGGGGCGGGCCCUCGUAGGGGCGCCCCACUUAGUGGCCUCUUCCGUUUUGCGCGGGGUGGCCUGACUUCAGAGAUGGACUUAAGUGUCGGCUCUGGGGCUUCCCGAAAGGACGACCAUGGCCCCGAUAGGAGGCUCCCCGAGGCUCGUGCUGCUGUUCAGCGGGAAGAGGAAAUCCGGGAAGGACUUUGUGACCGACACGCUACAGAGCAGACUUGGAAGUGAUGUCUGUGCCACCCUGCGUCUCUCUGGUCCACUCAAGGAGCAAUUUGCUCAGGAGCACGGCUUGAACUUGCAGAGACUCCUGGAUGCCAGUGCCUACAAGGAGAACUAUCGGAAGGACAUGAUCCGCUGGGGGGAGGAGAUGCGCCAGGCUGACCCGGGCUUCUUCUGCAGGAAGAUCGUGAAAGAUGUUUCUCAGCCCAUCUGGCUGGUGAGUGACACACGGAGGGUGUCCGACAUCAAGUGGUUUCGAGAGGCCUAUGGUGCUGUGACACAGUUGGUCCGAGUGGUGGCCUCAGAGCAGAGCCGACGGCAGCGGGGCUGGGUGUUCACGCCAGGAGUGGAUGACGCCGAGUCAGAGUGUGACUUGGAUAACUUUGAAGGCUUUGACUGGAUCAUCGAGAACCACGGAGACGAGCAGUACCUGGAGGAGCAGUUGAAGACCUUGAUAGAAUUUGUUCACUCCAAACUAUAGUCCCAGUUCCCUGGAGGCACCAGGGGCUGCCAGGGUGAGGGCAGGCUGACUUCUGGACAUGUGGUCCCUGAGGCUGGGUAAGGUGGGGCAGCAGGCGCCUGGUCUCCAGCUCCGGGAGAUGGAGAUGACAGACAAGUCUGAAAACCUCUGGGAGCCUCUGUUUAUGGAGAUGACAGCCCACCUCUUUAGGAGUCUUAAAGGCAAGGGGUGGUGAGCAGGCUGUGCUUAAAGUGGAAGCACCGCUGUCUCCACAGUGCCAGGCCUGUCAGCGUCUGGUGGCCUUGCCUCCCGUCCAAAUGCUCUUAGCCCUCUGCUUGGAAGUGAGCCCGGGCUCCCCAGUAGAUACAAUAAACCUUGGCGCACACA